GGGCACCUGUCCACGUUUGCAGGCACCUGCUGCGCCGGCGGUCGCGGGCCCUCGGCCGGCGUUGGGAGCUGUCGGGGUGCUGGGCCCGGAGGCCUGAGGGAGGGAGGCGGGCCCGACCGGCUCGCCCCGUCCGCGGCCCGCCCUCCCCGCCUCCGUCCUGCGCGCUGGUUGGUGGGGGGGGGAGGCGUCCUCGAGCCCUGGAGGCCCUCAGCUCCCCACUGGAGGGGCUCGAGGGCCCGGGGCCGGCCUCGAGCUAGCUGCAAAGCAGGGACAUGGCCCCUGCCUUGCCUCACCUCGAGACAGGUAAAGUGACUUCUGAGGACAGAAGAGUUUGAUGACGCAGACCACUGAAUUUCUUUGUUUGGAGUCCACGUUAUGAACCCUUUCUGGAGCAUGUCUGCAAGCUCUGUCCGCAAACGAUCUGACGGUGAAGAGAAGGCGUUAGCAGGGGACGUGAUAACCAGCCCUCCACGUGCUGCCCCGAAGAAACAGCUGCCUUGUAUUCCCAAAAAUGCUCUGCCCAUAACUAAGCCUACGUCCCCCGCCCCGGCAGCACAGUCAACAAAUGGCACACAUGCUUCUUACGGACCCUUCUACCUGGAAUACUCUCUUCUUGCAGAAUUUACCUUGGUUGUGAAGCAGAAGCUACCAGGUGUCUAUGUGCAGCCAUCCUACCGCUCUGCAUUAAUGUGGUUUGGAGUCAUAUUCAUACGGCACGGACUGUAUCAAGAUGGUGUGUUUAAGUUUACAGUUUACAUCCCUGACAACUACCCAGAUGGUGACUGCCCACGCUUGGUGUUUGAUAUUCCCGUCUUUCACCCGCUAGUCGAUCCCACCUCAGGUGAACUGGAUGUGAAGAGAGCAUUUGCAAAAUGGAGGCGGAACCAUAACCACAUUUGGCAAGUUUUAAUGUAUGCAAGGAGAGUUUUCUACAAGAUUGAUACAUCAAGCCCCUUAAACCCAGAGGCUGCAGUGCUGUACGAAAAAGAUGUUCAGCUUUUUAAAAGUAAAGUGGUUGACAGUGUUAAGAUGUGCACUGCUCGUUUGUUUGACCAACCUAAAAUAGAAGACCCCUAUGCAAUUAGCUUUUCUCCGUGGAAUCCUUCUGUACAUGAUGAAGCCAGAGAGAAGAUGCUGACUCAGAAGAAGAAGCCUGAAGAACAGCACAAUAAAAGUGUUCAUGUUGCUGGCCUGUCAUGGGUAAAGCCUGGUUCAGUACAACCUUUCAGUAAAGAAGAGAAAACAGUAGCGACUUAAGCGCUGGUGAAUCUGGUGCACCGUGCACUUUCCUGCCGGACUCGGGCCUAGUUAGAGCUGACCGAUGGCAAAGGACUGCCGGAAGAGUAAAACUGUGUGAACGAGGACUGGUAUCAGUGUGUCCGUGUGUGCUUAGGUUCUAACAGCAAGUUUUGGAAACCUCUCUUUAAGUAAUGCAUUACUUCCGUCAGAAGUGUCUUUAGGGUGGUUAUCUAGUUCAGUACUCCAAAUUAUUGGGGACCUCGAGGCUUAAGUAUUUUUCUGAAUAUAAUGCUAAAGGUAAGUGACAUUCAUUUAAACUAAUAGAGUAGACAGAGUUCGGCACUCUCUAAUGACCCUGGCAUCUGUGGUUUCAGUUGUAUAUAUGUUAGGGCGUGAAGAGAGGUAGAGAGAGAGCAGGUUCCAUAGCUGAUUAGUGCUUUUAAGUGGAAGAUCAUCUGAACCUCAGUCUUCAGCCUACUGUUUUACUGAUUUACAGACUCCUGUCAAUCACUGAGGUACACAUUAGGUGAGUGAGAGGAAACCAGAACACUUGUUCAUAGUUGUUUUUUUGUUUUUUUUUAAAGAAAAUUACUUAUUACUGUAUUUUUAUGGCAGGAGGGAGAGUGUUAAAACGGUUUCUAAUGAAGUCAGAUAUUUAAAUGAUGAAUGACUAAUGUGUUUUGUAGAGACAAAAUAAACCAAUAAAUGAUUGUUCUUUGUCAUUUAUGCAGGAAACUAAAUACCCCUUUCUCAAUAUAACUAAACAAAGAUUAACUUAUAAAUGCUUUAUUGAAAAAUACACUUAUUUUCAUAUAAAAUUACAGUAGCAGUAAGUAUCUUGAGAGGUUUUAUAAAUAUUUUUGCACCA